GUUUGUGUGGAGAAAAAGGAACCAUACAUGUGAUGUAAGGACAGACUGAAAGAUGCUAAACAGACAGAAAUUAAUGCAUGGCAAGUUGACAAAUUUGAACCAAAAUCUCCUGGACUUCAGAGGUUUAAAUUCUGUACCACACCACAGAAGGAUUCAUUGCUCUUUUGGAACUGGAGUUUAUUUUGAAAUGUGUAGCCGGAAGUCGCCUCGUUGUGGCCACCGCUGCGCUGCUGUGCUCAGCAGCUGCUCGCUCUCACGUCCAGUGUUUGACUAAACCUGCUUGGUUUGACUGUGCGAGCAGAACGUGUGCGGCGGUAAUGGCUGCCAGGGAGAGUGAGGAAGACAACAAAUGAACCCCAGAGAAACGAGUCAAAGUGAGGACUAGGAUGGUAAGCAGCCAGCCGAAGUACGAGCUGAUCCAGGAGGUGGGGCGUGGCAGUUACGGUGUGGUCUAUGAGGCAGUAGUGAAGCGCACAGGGGCCCGGGUGGCGGUUAAGAAGAUCCGCUGCCACUCUCCAGAGAAUGUGGAGCUGGCACUGCGGGAGUUCUGGGCUCUCAGCAGCAUCCAAAGCCAGCACCCAAACGUCAUCCACUUGGAGGAGUGUAUCCUGCAGCGGGACCAGCUGGCCCAGAGGAUGAACCAUGGCUCCAGCUCCCCGCUCUACCUGGAGCUGGUGGAGACGUCUCUGAAAGGCGAGAUCACAUUCGACCCGUGCUGUGCCUACUACUUGUGGUUCGUCAUGGACUUCUGUGAUGGGGGCGACAUGAACGCCUACCUGCUGUCCCGCAAGCCCAGCCGCAAGACCAACACCAGCUUCAUGCUGCAGCUGGGCAGCGCCCUGGCCUUCCUGCACCGCAACCAGAUCAUCCACCGUGACCUCAAACCAGACAACAUCCUCAUCUCCCAGGCCUGCACGCCCACCGGUUCCUCCGAGCCCACCCUCAAAGUGGCCGACUUCGGCCUGAGCAAAGUCUGCUCCACCUCCGGGCUCAACCCCGAGGAGCCGGCCAGUGUCAACAAGUGCUUCCUGUCCACAGCUUGCGGAACAGACUUCUACAUGGCCCCGGAGGUGUGGGAGGGCCACUACACGGCCAAAGCGGAUAUCUUUGCCCUGGGGGUGAUUAUCUGGGCCAUGGUUGAGCGCAUCACCUUUGUGGACGUGGAGACUCAGAAGGAGCUGCUGGGGAGCUACGUGCAGCAGGGCUCAGAGAUUGUACCCUUAGGGGAGGCCCUAUUAGAGAACCCAAAGAUGGAGCUGCUGAUCCCCGCCAGGAAAAAGAGCAUGAACAGCCACAUGAAGCAGCUGAUCAGGGAGAUGCUGUCGGCCAACCCUCAGGAACGGCCCGACGCCUUUGAACUGGAGCUCAGGCUGGUCCGUAUCGCCUGCAGAGAGCUCGACUGGGACACGUGAUGGACGAGCAAACGGCAACACAGACUCGGCCAAUCAAGCACAUGUACACAUCUCAUCAGCUACUGUUAACCUAGACCACAUCACAGGGGAUUACUGCUUUUUAAACGAGGGAACAAUAAUUAGAAUAGUCGUUGUUUGUAUCAUAGCUCACUUCCUCCCACUGUCUAAGCACAUGCAGUCCUCCACUAGCUGUGUCUUUCUUUAUAUUGGAGGGGAGAGGUGUGACACCCACCGCCGUCGCUGCUGCUGCCGCCGCCACCGCUGCUGCUGCUCCAAAUUGCAGCUUAGUCUCAGGCUAAUCACAUCACAGCUUCCACUUCCUCUUUGUAAAAUUACUCGAGCGUGCCGGAAGAGCAAAAUGACCCCAAAAGUCCUGGAUUCAAUUAGAAGAGAAAGUCAAAGUGACAACGAGACAUUUUGUCCACAAAUACCAUCUCGGACUCGGUGCUAAUUGUUACAUAUUGCAAUAUGAGACAUUACCCUGUGAUCAUUACAGCCUACAUUCACCCAAAGGGCCAAUAUUUAAACACAAUCACCUCAAUGUGUGGAAUGUUGGAAGACUUUGACAGAACCUGACUUACAAAGUGAUUUCAGCCUGGUACGCGACCACCAGCAUAAAUGUUCCUAAUGUCGACAUUCAGAUUUGAUUCUGUUUUUGGCAUCAAAUGCAGGUUUGCCCUGAAUGCUCAGGUAAUUAAAACACACAGUAUGAUGGUAUUUGUAGACAAACAUCUACUGUCACGGUCAGUUUUGCUCAGUAGUCUCGGAGGGAAAAAAUACCAAACUUUGGUGCUUGAGGAUACGUUGUUUUUUUUCUUUUUUUCUGCAGGCUGCUUCGUUGGUUGUGUGGGUGGGGGACAUUUUAUCAGUUAGUGAGCAGCCAGCAGGUGCUUGUGGUUGGUGUUUUUCUCAUUCUGUCCAUUACUGGCUUCAAGAUAAUUCAACUGGUCCCAGACACGCCCCUAACCAGUAUACCAGAAUGUAUAACGAUGGAGACAGGUCACCAUUACUUAUAUAGAGCCUUAAACACAAAACACUGAAUUUGAAUUCCAAAGUGAUUCACACAGUUCAUAGGGAAGAGAGCUUAUAGGUCCAGUGUUUAGGAUUUAGUGGCUUCUCUCCUCCCUUUCCAAGCAUGUAGAGAACCAAUGUUGCCCUUCACUUAUCAUUACAAACAUGAAAAGGCCCUAUCUAGAUCCAGUUUGGCUCUUCUGGGCUACUAUAGAAACAUGCCGUUGCCUCACUGUGGACUCUGAGAAGAAGAGUGUAGAUCCUUGUGUAAAUGUGGUAGAUGUGAAGGGCCCAUUCUAAGCCAACGAAAACACAACAAUUCUCAGUUUGGAGUGAUAAUACACCAAUGAAAACAUAAUUUUGAAUGUUAUUUUGUUUCUGCCAAUACUGCCCUACAAAGUCUAACUGCAGUAACUACAUUUUUGGUUGACAUUGAGUUAUAACUAAAAAUGAACUCCUUGAUGUCCGUUUUAUCUUGUGACAAAGUUUUAGAUUUCAAUUUUGCUUGAUUUCAGGGAAAUAAUCAUAAAAAUUGCAGUAACUGCAGUUACUGAAGACAAGAAUAAUAGAAAUUAUAAGUUUAUUUGAAAGGGAAAUUAUUAUCUAGAUAGUGAUGAAGUAAAAAAGUAAGAUAAAGUUAUAUUAAGACUAAAAUAUACCAUUACUUAACAAUAUUAAGUCUAAAAUACACACAUAUUUGAAUAGAGUUGUUAAACACUUUUAAAUACACUUUAAACAAAACCAAUUUGAAAAUGUUUAUUCACUGAAAACAAAAUAUAAAAGCUGAAAGAAGACAACAACAUUGUAGUUACUGCACUCUGUUUUUGCAUUACUAUUAGAACCUUUUACAGCAAUGCAAACCAGAGUGCAGUAACAUUUUUGGGGUCAAAGGUCAAAUAAAUCGUCAUGAUUUUUGAGCAUAAAAAUUACAUAAUCAAUACAUGUUGAAAUAAGUGUCAUAUCACUUACCUACCUAUAACUAAAUUGGCUUGCCAGUUAAAAAACGCUAAAAAACGUUCCAGUUUUUCUCCGUUUUACCCUUUGCGUAGUUACUGCAGUUAGACUUUGUAGGGCAGAAUAAGUUACCCUAAAUCCUACACACUGGUGCUUUAAAAGAUAAUACUAGUUUAUUACAACUUGGGUCUUACUUUCAUAGUUUUGGCCAUUGUUCUCUACGGCCUUUAAAUUCAAGAAAAGACAACAGGUGUUAUUAAAAUAUGCAAAAUCUAAGACAAUAUCUGAAACGUAACAAAAAACGGAAUUCAUCAAAUUCAAAUUGAGUGUAUAUAUUUACAAAAUGUGAAUUGAAUGUAGGUUACAAAGGAUUUGCAAAUCAUUGCAUUCUGUUUGUGUUGUGUUUUUCACAGCAUCCAAACUUUUUGGAAUCAGGGUUGUAGGUAGUAGGGCUGGGCGUUAUGGACCAAAAGUCAUAUCUCGACAUAUUUAGGCUGAAUAUCGAUGUACCAUAUAUAUAUCCCGAUAUUUUUAUGGCAAAGUGACAGCAAAUGUUCAGUCAGAUUCAAAUAUGACAUGUCACAAGUAGUUUUAUUGAAACUGUUUAUUUAUUAUUCCAAAAAGUGCACAUUUACACAAUUAUAUGAGAAAAGAAUAACGAACAUUACAAAAGAACUAAAUAUGACAAACCCUAGUAAGGGCAGCAUUUAUAGAUAAAGAAAAAAAAAUUGUACUAUAUUGAUAUAUGCGAUAUGGUCUAAUUCCAUAUCACAUUUAAAAAUAUAUCGAUAUAUUUUUUAUAUAUCGAUAUAUCGCCCAGCCCUAUUAGGUGGACAUUGAUUGUGCUGGCUGAAAUAACAGCUGUCUGGCAGAUUUUUUAGCUGUAGCAACUAAAGUCAUCCAAUUAACAUUAGCUUUGUCUCUCUUUAAGGUUUCCGGUGCUCACUCAGUUUUUCUGUGUCACGAAGGAUGGCUUAUUUACAACCCAUCCGAUCGCCUUUCUUGCCCCAGUUUUAUCACAGCCAGUAGAAAUAAUAAACAAAACCAAAGUUGUAAUAAACCAGAAUUAUUCUAUUAUCAAGAAAAUCCAAACAACUGAGAGUACAGUACAAUAAAGCCCCAAAAAGUGGCAAACAAAUCUACUCUUGAGAGAAAUCCCUAUGUUGCCUAAACAUAGAUAAAAUUAUCUGAAGGGUGAGCUGCUUGUAUUACUACAGCAGUGACAUGAAUAUUCACAUUUGAGUCCAUUUUGACCUGAAUGUGUAAAAAGGGUGAGGGAUUCAGUGAAUCUCACUGUAAGCACUUUUAUUUUGUUGAUAUUUAUUCCUCAUAACUACCUACUGCAUUAUAUGGAGGAGCUCUUUGAGGCUGGAUUCAGUGUGAUAACUACGUCGGUAUUUGUUUACCAGACGAACACAAUGUCAGCAAACAGUCUACUUAUGCAUGCAGUGCCUCUCACCUUCAGGGAAGACGUGAGAGAAGACACCAGCACACAAUCCUCCAUGAGCCAGAGGAUCUCUUCUUUUUUUCUGAUACAUUAUACUGUUGUGUUUAACUUGAUCUCCUCUCACUGUGUCACUGCUUCUCGUUUCCUUUGGCUCUGGAUCUUACAGUAAUCCCUUUCUUCAUGCUUCCGACAGGCUAAUUCUAAACCUAUUAAGCUGUUGCAGCACUUGGCAGAAGAUCAUGCUCGGGACCCCUUUUGCCUUUCAGGUCAUACAUAAUUCGUGCACUUUUACAAAUUUUUACAGAAACCUGUAAAACUACACAAUCUUGGCUCCGUCUUUGCUCUCAAACUCUGGCAGAAAAUCAAAUUUUCUUCGCCAAUAUUUAUCUGCUAGAUGGCUUUCAAUUUUCCCCUUAGCUGUAAUAGUUUAUUUCCUGUCACAAUGGGAUCGAGAUUUGCCUUAUUUCUGAAAUUCACCAUUUCCUUUUUUUGUUUUUGACACUAGAGUGGCCUCAUUGAUCUUGCACUCAAACACAGAAUUGGCAGAAGUCGUGUUUGGAUGCACCACGUUUCACUGACUCGACGUGGUUCUUUUGGUAUGAAGAGCAAUACCACAAAUCAGUAUUAAAACCUGUGUGCACUGCAGGGUGUCUUUGCUGCUUUGGACAAUGUUGCUUUCCUUCAAGAAUGUGGUGUUCGCUGCUUUCUGUUUGCGAGCAGCAAAGUUUGGACUCAAAGUAGGUCACCCAUAUCCUCUGAGCAGAGCAGAGGAUGAUGGGUAGAGUCAUUUCCGGUCAGAUUUUUUCCUUCAACCUGAGCAAGACAAUUCGCCUUCCUGUGAGGUUUGAGACAAUUGCCAAACAAACGCUGGGUCUGGGGUAGUGAGAGAUUUCACCCUUUGAUUUGUUGUAUUAAAUUCUUUUGCACAUGUGUAAAUACUGUAUAGGAUCAACGGGGGGAUGAACAAGGUUGAUGUACAUUUGACUGGAUGUGCUCUGUUUUCAAGAGCCUGACUUGUUUGACAUGUAAAUUGCUGUGAUGGAUUAAAUUUUACUUCAGCUCUUAAUUAAACUUCAGUUCACUUCAGAUAUGGAAAAGAUGUGAUAUAUUUACAGGUUAAUACUGUUGGUGUGCUAAUGGUAACUGUAUGUUUUUCUUUUGCCUAUUGUUUGUGAUUUUGUGUAAACAAACCUGGUAUACAAAGUGGGUCAACCGGACCAUUUGGACAUCAAUUAGACCUCAUCACUUUAGCAGCCCUGAUUCAGGACCACCAUACAAUGUACCAUUGUACUUACUUGCUCGCUCCUGGAACUCUGGCAUGUCAGUCACUGUGUGGCUCGUAGAGUUUGUUAUGGUAAGAAUGUUGAAAAUAUCAACUCACUGCAUGGUUGGAAAUCUUUUCAGUGACUAUACAGGGAGGAAAAACUACAUUAGGCGGUUUCAGAUUUACAGAAACGAUGACAAAGGACCCACUGGAGUACUGCACGGCAGGAGGCUAUAUAACAAAAUUAGCUUUGUCCUUGGCCAUACCCAAACAAACUGACAAGCACAGUAGUAGAUUUGUAGGCCUAACACAUCCCUGAUUUGCAAAAAUGCAAAAAAAAAUGUAUAUGCAAUCAUACUAAUUGGGAUUCCUGUAGAUAAAUAUAAGUGUAGAGGAGUGUGAGCAAACAUUCUCAGUGACGACCAUUUCUUUUUACUUUUGUGACUGGUGGCCUGUAUUUC